AUAACAAAUUCUGAAACCGCAAUUUACAACAACUACUGUAUAAAAAAGGCUGAAUCCAUCGCCAUUAUUCACUCAGUCUAUUUUUGUUCUUUUCAUUCCUCGAGUAUCAACUUCUUUAGCUCGGUAUACCUAACAGCACCACCACCGACUGCUUUAUAUUACAAUCACAAGGCCCUAGAAGGUAUAUGUUUGGCGUACACCAUGAGCAAUCGGCACAGUUUAUAUGGAUCACCAUACAAGUUCAGAGAGAGUGCGUAUCGUCAAAGUCUACGACCUGAUGUAACUGCUCUUUCCGAGGUAUUAUCCACAGCUCCUAAUUUUUCAUUUUUUGAUGAACUAAUUAACAUUCCCCAACCUGGGCUGAAGUUGCUCAAACACGACAUUUUCCGUAGUGGCAAGCUAUUGCAAGACAUUCAAAGCUAUUUGCUAGACUUGAUUAAAAUUUUGAAGUUUGUCAGCGAAGUUUCGAACGAGCAUAUACACGCCAAUGUUCUUGAUUGGUAUUUGGAAGGAAAAGAAGCUUUGUUUGACAUAGUAAGGACCAUAGACAGUAUUGAAUCUAUUCUCAACCAGCUAAUACUCGUGUUUGAGUCUGAUGAAGAUGAACACAUUCCUCUGGAAUUAGUGACCAGCUUCGAUAAUGCCAAUGAUGUUUUGCUUGAGGUUAAGAAGUAUAUGAUUUUGGUCAAGCGGAGCUUGGAUAUUGCUAUAAAUUAUCAAGAAAUCAACCAAGGGAUAAUAAAAGCUUUGAUUACAGAAAUUGAAGAUUGUAUUAAAAGUAUAUUCAAAUUGCGAGAGUUGAAAAUAGCAAGUCCAAAGCGAGUCUUGCCUAAAUUUAAUUUGAAUGAUAUAACUCGUAAGAUGAAGAUUAAUGAUUUUACGGCGACAGCAGGGGGGGUCUCGAUGAAGACGAUCAGAUUGCCCACCUUUAACGACACUGAUGAAAAAUUAUACUGUGAAUAUCUUGAAAUUGAACUGAAGAUUAAUCCGUUGAAGAUAUCAUUAAAUAUUGUUCCAAUCAAGAUUGAUGAGUUUAAUAACAUGUGUUCAAGUGCUUAUAAGCACGAACGAGAAGAAAUAUUAGCUGGUUAUGAAUCAAUGUGUGAAAAAUGGCAAUAUUUACAUCGAGAAAUGGCAUUGCUUAAACAUGAUACUAUUGAUGUAAAGUGGAACGAAAUCUUCAAAUAUUUGAUUGAAGAAAUUGCGGAUCAGUGUGAUUUUAUGAUUGAAGAAAUUCCAACUUCUACAUGUUCUAGUUUGUCUAGUUCCCCUUCCACCGCCAGUAGUCUGACUUCAUCACUAAUAACUGAUGAAAUUGCAAUUGCUUAUAAACAAUGUGCAAAUUCAAUCACCAUGAUUACAAAAGCAUUUAAUGAGCAAAUAAUACAUGAUGAAGCGUUGGCUGAACAGUUUAACAAUAAACUACUUCCCAAGUGGAAACAAGUGUGUGAUUUGAUUCAGGAUUCCAAGUCCAGUCGUCAUAGAUCCUUGCCUGUUUUCAAGCCAUCUGUUGCUGCUGGGUUGAAAUCUUUCCAAACUGGGUCUCGCCAUUCAUAUGAUGGUGCAAAAUUGAACAGUUGGUUGGGUGGGAUUGAUAUUGGACUUGAUGUUGAAAAUACCGCUGUCCCGUUGAGUGUUGAGAAACCGGAUAGAAUUAAGAGCUUUAACAAUAGUGAAGUAAAUGGGAAGAACUUGGAAUACAAGUUGAAGAAUGUAUUUGAAGAAACAGAAACGAGUGUACCUGAAUUUAACUAUACAAAUUUCUUUAACCAAAUUUUGUCAUCCACUGCUAAAUUUGAAUCAAAGAUCCCCAAAAUAGCGCCCAAUUAUCAUAGGUUAGGGUUCCCUAUUAUUAAAAAGAAGAUCAAUCCAAAUUGCAAAAUUCCAGAAAUCAACUUUACCCACCCAGUGUUUAAUUCUCCAGAAAGAAACAAGGAAGCUUAUGAUUUUGAAUCUCCCACUCGUGCAAGACCAGUUAGUGCGAUAAGCCUGCUUCCAACUGGUACCAAAUUCUCCUUAAAUCAAGAUAAACCAGACUUGGCGUUUGAGAAAUAUACUUCACCGAAACGGCCAGUUUCAAUGAUAUCUGAAAGACAAUUAAUGCACAGUCGUGUAAGUGAUUUUCUAAAACGUAAAUCGUAAAUAUUAGUGUAUAUACAAGUAGACAAUAAAAACUAUUUAUUUAUCUAAUCAUCAUCAUCGGGUUUGAUUGCAAGAGGUUUCCCUAUGGUUCUGCUAGUACGACCCUCUUGGAAGUAAUCAGGUCCGAAUAGUUUAUAAGACCAAGUAUUCCUUUCAACUUCCAUAAUCUUGUUCUCGUCCCAAUAAAUAAGAGUACCAUCUUCAGCGAUCUCACCCUUUUGCAUUUGUUUAGUAGAUUCACCAUUCAAACGUCUAACCAACACAUAAGAACAGAUAAACAAUACAGGAAUACCAAUUAGGAUCUUUUGAUAAGCACGAUAUUUAGUUUUCAUUUCUGGUGUGGCUAGCUUCCAAUUUGGUUUACCUGUAGUUAUUAAAUGUUGUACAAAGGGUGAAUCAACAUGGGGCUUUGGCCCAGCUAGAACCCCAGGGAUUCCUACAGCUGGUUGGAUUUUUAUAGUUGACUUUAAUUCCUUGGCUGUGCGAGGUGGUUGUGGUUCUUCUGCUGCCAUGUCUUACUGUAUGUGAUGGU